AUGAGGGAGAAACGAAGCAUUAAACAGAGGCUGAGCGAGUUGCACGGCCAGAAUGGUGAUAUGCACGGCCGUGCACCCUGGCCGUGCGAGAGGGCUGAAGUUCGACUAAAUGACACGCUGCGUUUUGAGUUGCACGGCCAGAAUGGUGAUAUGCACGGCCGUGCUCCCUGGCCGUGCGAUUCGGGAUUUCCUGGUUUUAAGCCAAAUUCCGAACCAAGAGGGAGAGCUGGGUUUUUGGAUCCCAAACACCCAAGGGACGAACUCUAG